UUUUUUACUUCUCCUUUUCAUGCUGUUUACAAACUGAAAUCAGCCAAUAAUCGUCGUAUCAAUACAAACAAAUUCACACAAACAAAACAUUAAGCCACUCAGCAGUGAAUCUAAAUCGGCACUCUCACCUGUUUGAAAUAUCUUAUCAUCCCUUCUUUUUUAUGAAUAAAUAAUUACUCACAAAAGAGAUUCACCGUUUAAGGCUUUUAAGCAUAUUCAAGAAAGCCUAGGAAAAUAUUUAUAAUCGCAGUAGCGGGGGGCGAAAGGUAGAGCCAUCUAGAAUACGUACAAAAUAACAGACACAAAAGAAAUUCACCGAGCGUGAAGGAGACAAGCCGAGAUCAUGAAAAGCUUCUCUAUUCUCUCGCGCCUCCUUUACAAAACCAUUAUCCAAUCACGAAGGAUUAUUACCUAACAACGAACAGACAUUCUAAUUAGCGACAUUUGCAAUACAGCGGGAACAUCACGCUAACAAAACUAGUAAGAUUGUUUGCGCUUAAAAUGGAAAAUGGGACCGAAGUUGAGUCGUUCGUGAACCCUUGGCUUGGACGAUCUAGGACUGCCCUUGUGCUUACCGUGUCCGUGCUUUUUGUCACCGGUGUUGCGGGGAAUCUUUUGGUGAUGAUCGUGAGUAUCAUGAACUCUUUUCACAAGACCACUGCGAACAUCUUUAUUCUGAAUCUCGCGGUGGCUGACCUACUUGCUUCGUGUGGAUUUGCGUUUAUGCUGUCUUCCCUUCUCCAAGGCGAGUGGCCUCUAGGUGACUUCGCGUGUAAACUCCACGGUGUCUUAGUUAUGGCGUUUUCCGUCGCGUCUUCGCUGUCCGCUAGUGCUAUGAGCAUCAAUCGCUAUACAACAAUAACCUACGCAUCAAAACAAAAGUCAAUCACUUUUACAAGAAACUGGACGAAGAUUAUGUUAGCCUUUCUAUGGCUUUUCUCCGCUAUCUUUGCCAUUCUACCACUGGUUGGUUGGUCCCGCUAUACGUACUUCCCCGCCAAAGCCAUUUGCUUUAUCUCUUAUACUGAGAGCAGAUCUUACAUUAUAACGUUUUACACGCUUGUAGCCCCCUGUUGUCUCGUCACGAUAUUCUGCUAUUCAAGAAUCUACAUCGCGAUAAAAAAGAACUCCCCUAUGCGAGUAGCAAGUCCUUCGCAAAAGCGUAAACCAUCACCGAGGAAACCCGACAGUAACAGUGCAGUUGAGACUCGUGUAACAAUCAUGAUAUUUGUGGUUGUAUUCUGGUAUUUUACUUCCCUCGCGCCAUUCAAUGUCAUCAACCUCAUGGUUAUAUGGAAACCAGGAUUCCAAAUCCCCCCUUGGGUGGAUAUAUUAACGACGCUUUUUGCACUCUCCAACCACGCUACAAACGUGUUUAUUUAUGCCGUGCUUAAUAGGACUUAUCGUUUAGCCAUCCGCAAGCUAUUAAAGCAAGCUUGGGGAUUUGUGAACGGGAAAGGGAAGCGAAUAGGCGUGACUAGCUCGUCGAAGAUUCCCCUCAGAUGUAUCCGCUCCAAUGCCGCCUAAAUCAACUCUGAACAUCGUGAAGACAGCCUGGCAAUCAUUUUCGAUUUGUCAAUGCUAUCAAGAUGCUUUUACACCAAAGUUUUUUGGUUGCAUAUCACAGCGUUUAUAUGAGGACAACAAUGUUGUAUUCUAAGCGCAUUGUUUCAUUGUUAGAAUACUCACACUCAUACGUACAUUUAUUUGCAAAUGUAAAAUUGAAGCAUCGAUAUUAAAAUUAUAAUUGGCGUU